GUAAUGCAGUCAAGCAAUCAAAAGCGAAAGGUGAAGUUUAGUUUGGAUGAUGACUCUAUUGAAUCUCCAAGAAAAUAUGCAAGAGAGAUGCCUCAGUUUUCACGUUGGAAGCAGGCCAGACAAAGCAAUAAUGGUUCUGUGCUGGAUCGUGUAGACAGCAUUCAGAAAAUCGCAUUGAAGACUAACAAAGAAAUGGGGCCAGCCUUUAAUGGUAUUGAACAAGUGAAUUCCACACCAGAAACUCAUGGUGCUGUCUUCAACUGUCCAAAUCAAUGGAAAAGGAGUAUUUCAUUUCGUAAGACACUGUUUGGUGACAAAAAUCACAAUCUGAAGAGAUCAGCAUCAAGAUCACCAAGUCUGGAGCAUGCUGAUGAGAGUACCACAAACGAAAGGCGAAGUCCUCCUACAGUUUUGAGCAGUACCUUGAAGCAGAGAUCCAUCUCUAUGGUCCAGAGAAGACAUCACAAAAGUCACAUUCAACAAGAGACUUGGAAGGCAGCACCAACACAGGGUGCUAAAGUCCUCUGGCUUAAAGCCUUAUCGGAAGCUACUGGUGGUGCUUUAAGUAAAAAGCAGCCACUAAACGCCACUAGAACUAACAACCACUCCAAAGAAAAACAGGCUGGAUUAGUAUCUGCAGAACCUCUCUCAAAAUAUUGUGGGAAAAAACCUGGAGAGAUUUGCCAAGAGAAGAACAAUGUCCAGAAUUUGUUUCAAUACAGCUGUCAAGAGCAUGAAACUGAUGAGGAAAAUAAUUCUGUAGAACCAAAGUGCAACAACGAAUUGAAUACCUCUUCAAGAAAUAUUUUCAAAAAGCCAAACCCAGAGCUGGUAUUUGAGGAUGUAGCUCUGGAUAAUGAGCAAAGCAUGAAUGAAAGAAACGAGAACACCUUUUCAAAAAAUGAUCCUGAUCAAUGUAAAUUAUUCAUGAAAUUGACCCCUCAUGAGGAUCCAUCAUUUGGAAGCAACUGUUCUGAUGUUGAAGAUCUCUCUGCUUUAGCGAUGUCUCCACAGGAAGAUUCCAGUCCAACAUGCAACCUGAAAAACUACAAGACCAGUACGCCAUUAGCAACCAAAUAUUUUGAAAACAGCAAUAACCUUAAUACGAGUACAGGUUCCCUCGACUCUUCAGUACUCCAUUCUAAAGCCGUGGCUGAUGAUUUAGAGAAUUGUCGUGAAGUAAAGUGGGGGUUGAACUACCAAAAGGAGGGCUUUAUAGACACACACUGCCAUUUGGACUUUUUGUUCUCUAAGCUGUCUUUUAGUGGGACAUUUUCAAACUUUAUGAAAGUUUAUGACAGCACAUUCCCAGUGGAGUUUCUUGGGUGUAUCACAGAUUUUUGUGACCCUCGUAGUCUGGUUCAUGGGAACACAUGGGAAUCUAUACUGGAUGAACCACUGGUUUGGGGUGCUUUUGGUUGCCACCCUCAUUUUGCCCGUUACUACACAAAUUUACAAGAAAAGGCUAUUAUUCAAGCACUGAGACACCCUAAAGCAGUUGCUUUUGGAGAGAUAGGAUUGGAUUAUUCUUACAAGUGUUCAACAGACAUUGUCAAACAAAAGCAGGUCUUUGAAAGACAGCUAAAACUUGCAGUGGCAUUAAAGAAGCCUCUUGUCAUACAUGGCAGGGAUGCUGAUGAAGACUUAUUUGAACUAAUGAAAACUAAUGUCCCAAAGGACUACAGGAUUCAUAGGCAUUGCUUUACAGGUCGAUAUGAAGUGAUUGAACCAUUUCUACAGGAAUUUUCUAACUUGUCAGUUGGAUUCACAGCCCUGUUAACUUACCCAACUGCUGUUAUGGCCAGGGAAGCAGUAAGAAGAAUCCCAAUAGAGAGGAUUGUCGUGGAAACGGAUGCACCAUAUUUCUUACCAAGAGGGAUUUCCAAGAGGGUUUGUUGCUAUUCCCAUCCAGGACUUGCCUUGUAUACACUAAUGGAAAUUGCCAAGCAGAAGGCUAUGAAACUAUCUACAGUUCUUUCAAUAGUGAGAAAAAAUACCCAAGAUAUAUAUGGAAUAUAAGCAAGGCACCAAACUUAAUCCCAUUUUAAUUGCUUUUUAAACUGUU